CCUUUUCUCCUUUUCCAGCCGUGGCCGGGGGGGUUUGGGCUCGGCGCUGCCUCCCCGGCCGGGUGUGGCCGGGCCGGGUUAUAAAUUCCAGGGCCCGGUUCCCGCUCCCCUUCCGCCCUGCCCGCCCUCCUCCGGCCCGCCGGAGCUCUCGGUUGUCCCCAUGGCGUGUCCCCUGGAGCAGGCGCUGGCCGUGGUGGUCGCCACCUUCCACAAAUACUCGGGCAAGGAGGGCGACAAGUACAAGCUCAGCAAGGCCGAGCUCAAGGAGCUGCUCAUGAAGGAGCUGCCGAGUUUCAGCAGUCAAAGCAGCGAGGCGAGUCUGCAGAAGCUCAUGAGCAACCUGGACGCCAACAGCGACAGCGAGGUGGAUUUCCAGGAGUACGUGACCUUCCUGGCCUGCAUGGCCAUGAUGUGCAACGACUUCUUCCAGGACCUGCCGGACAAGACGCCGCGCAUGAAGUGAGGGCAGUGCCCGUUGUCCUCCCGUUGUCGUCCCGGUGUCAUUUCAAUAAAUUUGGAUCCAAACGAA